AUCGAUGUUGCCGAAUGGCCAACAUUGGUCUCAAGUGCUAAUCAAUUGAAAAGUGAGGUGAAAUUCAGACUUUAUUUUCUGUUUAGUGUUUUUCUUUCCGAUUUCGGGAACGUUCCUCAAAUCGCCGAAAUGUCCUCGGAGAUUCUGUUCGUGAUCGAGGGCACCGCCAUCAACGGGGCGUACAUCAACGACAUGAAGAGCAACUACAUCAUCCCGACGCUGGAGUACUUUUCCCAGAGCACCGUCGGCGACUGUUUCGAUGGCUACGCCACCGACAAGAACGGCAACCAGUACGGCGUGGUCACGUACAAGACGGCCCAGAGUCUGCCCGGGGUGUGCUGCACCACGUUCGGCCCGUACAACAGUGCCCACAAGGUGCUCGGCGCCAUCGACCGGCUCGAGCUGAGCGGUGGCAAGAGCGAGUCCAACGCCAACCUGGCCGAGGGCCUGGCCACCGCCCUCGUCUGCUUCGACGACUUUGACGAGAUGCGCGAAAACACCGGCCAAAAGGUGCACAAAUACUGCAUCCUGAUCGCGGCCAGUUCCCCCUACUCGAUGUACGUCACCGAGUGCUACGCGUACGAGAACAAGAACGUCGAGCAGCUGGUCGCGCUCUUCCAAGAAAAAAACAUCAAUCUCUCCAUCAUCUCGCCCCGCAAGAUCCCAAUUCUGUUCAAACUCUUCGAGAAAUCCGGUGGCGAUCUUAGCUCGUCCAGUAUUAAAAACUACUGCAAAGAUCCGCGCCACCUGGUCCUGCUGAAAGGGUUCAGCCUCAAGGAACGGCCCGUGAGUCCGCCGGUCAACAAUGCCAACAACGCGGGCGCGAACCAUAAUCAGGUGGGAAGUAUGCCCUCGCCGAAUCCGAACCAACAGCAACAGCAGCAGCAGCAGCAGCAACAACAGGUUCAACAGCAGCAGCAGGUUAACAAUCAGCAGAACGUGAUGGACGGAGUUCCGGGACAGCAGCAGCAGCAGCAGCAGAUGAUGGGCGCGGGAAUGGGUAACAACCAGGCCGCCCUAGCUGGAAUGCGCGGCCCGAUGGGCAAUCCCCAGCAGCAACAACAACAACAGGUUCAACAGCAGCAACAACAAGCAGUCCUCCAGCAACAGUUGCAACAACAGCAACAACAACAAUGCCGCAUGAACUUCAACCCGAACCACAUGGGCAACCCCAACCAGAUGGGCUUCCCCAAUCAGAUGCCAAACCAGCAGCAGCAGCAAGGCGGCGUCGGUGGCAUGAACUACCAGCAACAACUCCAACAACAACAGCAGCAGCAGCAGCAACAACAACAAAUGCGCUGGAUGGCUCCGCCCCAAGCCCAACCCGGCCGUAACUUUAUGCAACCCGGCAUGAACGGCAAUCCGCAGCAGAAUCCCCAACAGCAGCAGCAGCAACAACAACAGCAGAACCAAAUGCUGGGCAACAACGGCGGUCAGCAGCAGUCCAACUCGGUGUUGAUUUCCCAACUGACCACGCCACCCCACGGCAUGAACGCCCAGCAGAUGAACCAGAUGAACAACCCUCGCAUGCAGAUGCAGUUCGUGAACAACUGUCUGCAAGGGCAGGGUCAACCCAACCCGCAACAGCAACAGCAGCAGAACAUGAUGGUUCAGCAACAAAACAUGGCCCAGCAGCAGCAAAUGUUGCAGCAGCAGCAGCAGAACAUGCAAAACCAAAACAUGCAGAAUCCGAUGGGCGUCCCGGGUGGACAAAUGGGCGGCCAGAUGAUCGGCGCCAACCAGCAGCAGCAACAACUCCAACAACAGCAGCAAGCUGCCGUCAUGAACAGCCAGCAGCAGAUGGGCGGCGCCGGCGGAGCUAACCCACAACAACAGCAACAGCAACAACUCCAACAACAGCAAAUGGUUCCCGGUGGUCCGGGUGGGCAGCAGGUUCCUGGCCAAGGACAAGGGCAAGGCCAACCCCAACAGCAGCAGCAGCCUCAGCAACAGCAAAUGGGAGGAGCAGUUCAAGGUCAGCAGCAGCAAACGCCGAAUCAGCAACCGCGGGAGCGCAUCUGGAACGGAAUGCUGGAGUGGAUCGAGAAGCCGAACAAGAACGAGGCGACCAAGGUGUCGCGGCAGGUGCCCUGUAUGGUGACGGCGAACGUCAAGGAUGGGGAGCCGGAAAUCAAAGCGGACAACUGGCCACCACGUCUGAUUAUGCAGCUGAUGCCGAAGGCCCUGGUCGGCAGUGCCGGUGGCCAGUACAUCAAGGAGUCCAAAACGGUGGUGUUCAUCCCGCAGCCGUGCGACGCCCUGGAAGCUCUCUCCAAGGUUAUGGGUUCCGGAUUUGCCGGUUGCGUCCACUUUACAACUUCACCGAGCUGCGACAUCAAGGUGCUGAUCCUGCUGUACACCGCCGAGAAGAAGGCCUACCUGGGCUUUAUCCCGAACAACCAGGCCGCGUUCGUGGACCGGCUGAAGAAGGUCAUCAUGCAGAACAAGAACAUGCAGGCGGCGAACCAGCAGCAGGCUGGGGGUUCCGGAAUGGGGGCGCAGAUGAUCCAGGCCGGGAUGAACCCUCAACCCGGACAGCAGCAGCAGCAACAGCAACAACAGCAGAAUCAACAGCAGCAACAAAAUCAACAGCAGGUUCAGCAGCAACAGCAGGUCGUUCAGCAGCAGCAGGUUAAUCAGCAGCAGAUGAUGGGUGGCCCCGGAAUGGGCGGACCCGUUCCGGGUCAGAUGGUUCCCGGGGGGAUGCAGCAAGGUCCCCGGAUGGGGGGAAUGGUUAAUCAGAUGCAGCAAGAUCAGUUCUACGGCAAUCAGAUGGGCAAUCAGCAGAUGCAGGACCCGAGUAUGCAAAUGUCCCAGCAGGAGCAGUACAAAAUGCUACUUCAACAGCAGCAGCAGCAGCAGCAACAGCAACGCAACAUGGGCGGUCCCAUGGGAAAUAUGGGGAUGAACGUCGGCCUGCAGAACCAGCGCAUGAUGCGACCGGUGCUGUCCAACAACCCGGGUCUGCGCCACCUGCUCCAGCAGCAGCCAAAUCCGCAGUUCCGCCAGCAGAUGGCCAACAUGGGCGGUGGUGGUGGCGGUGUUGGUGGAGUAGGUGGCGUCGGAGUGGGACCCAACCCGAUGGGACAGAUGGGUGGAGGGGCGGUCGGAGGGGUGGUUCCCCAGCAGCAGCAGCAACAGCAGCGGCCCAACCCGAACCAGGCCCCGUUCGAUGAUGCGAACUUUGAUUUUAUGUAAGUUUAAGCGGAGCGGUGAGUUAUGAAAUUAUGCUAUUUUUGUUUUAUGAUUUUGACUUUCGAUAUACAACCGUUUCUAUAAGAAUAUCAAAUAUUUAUGUAAGCGCAAAAGUUACUAUCAAAACAGUAUAUCUCGUAA